GGAGUGAAAGAUAACUUGGAAACUCCAGGGGAGAAAAAUGGCUAAUUUGGAUUAAGUUGCUCAGGUUUGUGUUUUGGGUUGUGUCACACUUGUGUUGAGAAAUGCCCCUGUCAUCUAAUGCCUGCAGUUUAUGUUCAGAACCAGGGGCAGCACGGAGAGGAUUUGGGGUGGGGAAUUUUCUUCAGCCACCAGGAAGAAAGUCUGAUCUGUGCACUGAAAGGAGAUGGUUCUCCAGGGUGUAAAAAUGUGAUCCUGGCACCAAAGGGUCAGCUCUAGAACAAAAUCAGAAAGCUGGAGAACUGAAGAUUCAACCCUUCCCAGGUUAGAGAGUGCGAAAGGCUGCGAGCUGAGCUCCCUGAAGCGGCGGUGAAGGUGGCAGCAGCGGCGGCGGCGGCGGCAGCGCGGCUCGGUCGGUCUCUGGCCCAUUCACUCCGCGCCUUCGGCAGGCGCCACUGCAGCCGCGCAGCGGGGGCUCCCUCCUUGCAGCCAGCUGGCAGUCCAGCCUGGUGCCUCCGCGAAGGAAAGGGGCGCGCGGAGACGUGUUCGAGGUGGAAUCGGCGAGGAUCUCUCCGGCGCCCUUCACUCCUUGGUCGCCUUGCUUGCCAGCAGUUGCUCCGUUAGUCCUUGGCUCGCUUGCACACCCCCUCCCGCUACAGGGAGCGGUUUUGGGUGGUGUGGUCUCCAUCCUCUUCUUGGCUGGUGGGAACGGUGUGCUCAAAGGGGAAGCCUAGUGAGACCGGCCCCUUUCAGCCCCGCGCCAAUGAGUGCCAGGGCACCGAAGGAGCUGAGGCUGGCGUUGCCGCCGUGUCUCCUCAACCGGACCUUUGCUUCCCCUAACGCCAGCGGCAGCGGCAGCAUGGGUGCCCGUAGCCCAGGCGCAGGCGGCAGCGGCACCUGCAUCACGCAGGUGGGACAGCAGCUCUUCCAGUCCUUCUCCUCUACGCUGGUGCUGAUUGUCCUGGUCACCCUCAUCUUCUGCCUCAUCGUGCUGUCCCUCUCCACGUUCCACAUCCACAAGCGUAGGAUGAAGAAGCGGAAGAUGCAGAGGGCUCAGGAGGAAUAUGAAAGGGAUCACUGCAGCGGCAGCCGUGGUGGCGGAGGGCUACCCCGACCCAGCAGGCAGGCCCCAACCCACGCAAAGGAAACCCGGCUGGAGAGGCAGCCCCGGGACUCUCCCUUCUGCACCGCCUCCAAUGCCACCACCUCCUCCUCUUCAUCCCCUGGCCUCCCGUGCCAGGGUCCCUGUGCUCCUCCGCCUCCACCGCCAGCCUCCAGUCCCCAAGGAGCACACGCAGCUUCCUCCUGUUUGGACACAGCUGGCGAGGGCCUUUUGCAAACGGUGGUACUGUCCUGAUCGUCUAGCCCCUCUCCUUCCUCAUCCUCAUUUCCAGCAUCUUUGCCAUCCUUGCUUUUCUCCUCCUUCCUUCCUUUUCCAUUUUCCUCUGGCCCCUUUCCUGUUCCUGGUUUCCUUACCCUCCCCUUACUCUUGUUUCUCCUCCGCCGAGGCACUGUGCGGUAUUUGUAAAUAUUGGGCGAGGAAAGUCUCUGAAGAAGAAAUAACGCUGAUAAUAAUACUUUAAUAAUAUUUAUAUAGUAAUUAUUAUACUAAUAACACAAUCCAAGCGCAUGACAAAUCACAUAAUUUCUCAUUGUCAGUGAAGGAUGCAUCUUCUCACUCCACCCCGCGCUCCCCUCAAUUAGGAGGAGAAACCGCACAAGCUACCAAAUAUAUAAAAGGCAUUGAUUCCGGAGCAGAGAGAGGGGAGGGGGCCCAGUAAUGUACAUAGCUGUCAAGUUAAGGUUUAGUUUCCUUCCUUCCCCUCUGACCCCUAAGCUGUCACUUUUCCUUUAGCUUUUCUCACCUCCCCAUUCCCACCCUCAGCAGGGCUCAGGCAAUAGUAUAUAAAGAAAACGUCUAUAUGAAGCACCAGGACUGCAAGAGGCCAUGGAGAAAGUCCCCGGAAAGCGUUCAUGACAGGUACCCCUUGCCAGUCAGCCCAUUUCUCACCCCUUGGUUAAACAUUACCUUUUCCAGGACAGAGCAUUUGAUUUACUUUUUAAAAUGUCCCUCGCUGGCCGAGCAUAAGUACAUUAAAAUCUUUAAAUACGUUUUUUUAAAAAACUAAUGCUUUCACUCCCUGCCCUACCCCCACCUGUACACCUUUGACUUGUGACAUUUUCAGGAUUUAGAGGAUCUGGGAGCUGUCCAGUCAGGUCUGGUGCUGAAGUCGCCUCAUCGUCCUGGUUACUUCCUCUAGUUGUGAAGGCGGAGGAGGGGCUUUUUGGAAAGUGACUAUUCUGGCUUUUGGUUGGGUUCUUUCUUCUUUUUCUACAAUCGGGUUAGCGUGUACUAUUGGUUUUCUUAUUAUUAAACAUUGCAUACGUUAUCUUUUUGUAAAAAAAAAAAAGUAUUAGGUGAUGUGUAGUACUGAAAGUGCAGUAUCUAACCAACUAGAAUGUUUGUUUUAUUUUUAGAACAAGUGCACCUUUGUUAUAUAUUUAUAAUAUUGGUACCAAAUACAGAAAAAAAGACUAUAGUUCUGUACUAUGUCCUCCAAACUGUAUAUUAUUGUUCUUAAUUUCCAGCUGUUGAUAUAAUGGUUACCACUGGAUGAGAAAUUCAGUGGUGCAGACCUGGCUUCUGCUGUUUCCAGAAGUUUUCUUUUGUACCUUAUCCUGUAGUAGACUGUUAUAAAAAGAUGACACACAUGCUUUAUUUUUUUCUUUUGCAAAUAAUAGAAAAAAAAAAACACAACCACAGAAACAAAUAAUGGAUGUGCAGGAAUGCCAUCUAUUAAAAAACAUAGUUAAUA